AUGAGAGAACUUGAGGAAUCUUUGACAGAUUUGAGUAUAGUUGACUGUAACAAGUAUGAUAAUGUUGAAUCAAAAAGUAUUAUAGGUACUGAAGAUGGGAAUGAAAAUAGCAUAAAAGAAUUAGAUAAAUGUGAAGAUGGAGAUAUUGAUAGUAGUAUGAAUAACCAAACAAAUAUUGUAGAGAAGAAAAAGAAAAAGAAAAAGAAAAAGAAGACAAAUAAUGACUUGUCUGUGUAUGGAGCUAAAGAUGAAAAGUUACCUGAUUUACAGAUUCACUCUAUACCAAGACAAGAGAACAUUCAUCUUAGAAAGAUAAAUAGUUGGGAAGCUAUAGAAGAAUCACUUCAAACAUUUCCACCGAGUAUUCCUGUUGACAGGAUAUAUGGCAAGUUUGCUUAUCCUGAGGGUGAAAUAAUGGAUUAUAAUGGAGUAAAUUCAUAUAGAAUGAGCUCAGAGGAGAAAAAAGAACUAGAGAGAUUGUAUUGUGUUGAUUAUACUGCAGCAAGAAGAGCAGCUGAAGUUCAUAGACAAGUGAGGCGUUAUAUUCAAAGUAUAAUUAAACCUGGUAUGAAAUUGGUUGACUUGUGUAAUUUAUUAGAAAGUAAAACUAAGGAAUUAGUUAGUGCUAAUGGAUUACAGAGUGGAUGGGGUUUCCCAACAGGAUGUUCUUUAAAUAACUGUGCAGCUCAUUAUACACCAAAUCCGGGUGAUGAUACAAUUUUAAUGCAAGGUGAUAUAUGCAAACUUGAUUUCGGCGUUCAAGUAGAAGGAAGAAUUAUUGAUUGUGCAUUUACCAUUGCAUUUGAAGACCACUUUGAUCCACUGGUACAAGCAACAAUAGAUGCGACAAAUAGUGGCAUUAAAGUGGCUGGUAUUGAUGUACCUUUUUCUGAGAUAGGAGCAAGUAUUCAAGAAGUAAUUGAAUCUUAUGAAUUUGAGUUUAAAGGGAAAUUAUAUCCAAUAAAACCUAUUAGGAAUUUGAAUGGUCAUUCAAUAUCUCUAUAUGAAAUACAUGGUGGGAAAUCAGUUCCCAUUAUUGCGACAAAUGAUAGUACAAGAAUGGAGGAAAACGAAUUUUAUGCAAUAGAAACUUUUGCCUCUACAGGCAAAGGCAUUGUUAUUGAAGGCCCAGAUUGCAGCCAUUAUAUGAAGUGUUAUGAUAACUUUUGUUUGAAUAAGCCUCAAUUAAGAUUAAAAUCAGCAAAAACACUACUCCAUGUUAUUAAUACAAAUUUUGGUACAUUGGCUUUUUGUCGCCGUUGGCUAGAACAAUUAGGAUAUACAAAGCAUGCUCUACCUCUUAAAUGUCUUGUAGAUGCAGAUAUUAUUCGUCCUUAUCCACCACUUUAUGACUCAAUUGGCUCCUAUACAUCCCAAAUGGAACACACUAUUUUGUUAAGACCUACUUGUAAGGAGGUACUUUCAAGAGGUGAUGAUUAUUAA